AUGCGCUUGGCGCUCCUGUUGCUACCGCUUCUGUCACAAUGCGGGGCCAAGAGCUCCCGGCGCUACGACCCCACGUGGGAGUCUCUGGACCGCCGCCCGUUGCCCUCCUGGUUCGACCAGGCCAAGUUCGGCAUCUUCAUCCACUGGGGAGUGUUCUCCGUGCCCAGUUUCGGUAGUGAAUGGUUCUGGUGGUAUUGGCAAAAGGAGAAGAGACCCAAGUUUGUGGACUUUAUGAACAAUAAUUACCCUCCUGGUUUUAAAUAUGAAGAUUUUGGAGUGCUAUUUACAGCCAAGUUUUUUAAUGCUAGCCAGUGGGCAGAUAUUCUCCAGGCCUCUGGUGCCAAAUACCUUGUCUUAACUUCCAAACAUCAUGAAGGUUUUACCUUGUGGGGGUCAGAGUAUUCCUGGAAUUGGAAUGCAGUUGAUGAGGGGCCGAAGAGAGACAUUGUCAAGGAGCUUAAGGUAGCCAUCACGAAAAACACUGACUUGCGCUUUGGACUGUAUUACUCCCUUUUUGAAUGGUUUCACCCACUCUUCCUGGAGGAUAAACUCAGUUCAUUCCAGAAGCGGCAAUUUCCCAUUUCUAAGAUGUUGCCUGAGCUCUACGAGUUAGUGAACAAGUACCAGCCAGACAUUCUGUGGACAGAUGGAGAUGGGGGUGCACCAGAUCGCUACUGGAACAGCACAGGUUUUUUAGCUUGGCUGUAUAAUGAAAGCCCGGUUCGGAACACGGUAGUCACCAAUGAUCGUUGGGGAGCUGGUUCCAUCUGCAAGCAUGGUGGCUACUAUACCUGCAGCGACCGAUAUAAUCCUGGACAUCUUUUGCCACAUAAAUGGGAAAACUGCAUGACAAUAGAUCAAUUCUCUUGGGGCUACAGGCGGGAAGCUGUAAUCAGUGAUUAUCUUACAAUUGAAGAAUUGGUGAAGCAACUUGUGGAAACAGUUGCAUGUGGAGGAAAUCUUCUAAUGAAUAUUGGUCCCACACUAGAUGGCAUCAUCCCUGUGAUUUUUGAGGAGCGAUUAAGGCAGAUGGGAAUGUGGCUCAAAGUCAACGGGGAGGCUAUUUACGAAACACAACCUUGGAGAUCCCAGAAUGACACUGCCACUCCAGAUGUGUGGUACACAUAUAAACCUGAGGAAAAAAUAGUCUAUGCUAUUUUUCUUAAGUGGCCUGUCUCAAGAGAGCUGUUUCUCGAACAACCCAUAGGUAGUCUGGGGGAAACAGAGGUAGCAUUGUUGGGUGAAGGGAAGCCACUGACCUGGACUUCUUUAAAGCCAAAUGGGAUCAUAGUGGAGUUGCCACAGCUGACCCUUCAUCAGAUGCCCUGUAAAUGGGGAUGGACUCUUGCACUAACUAAUGUGACUUAA